AAAGGGGAGGGGGUGAUGCAUACAGCCCCCUUCUGUUGCGAAGAAAGUACGAUCCGUUUUAAGAGGCAGCUUGUGACUCGGGGGAAAUUGUGCCUGGAUGGGAGACUCAGCAGAUCGCUCCAAAAGGACCAAGAAAGGACAAAGCUAUGUUUUGGCUGGAAUCCUAAACUUUGGAGCUGGGAAUAUAUAUAUUGUGUGCACAUAGGCAGGGGAGGACUUGAAGACAAAAUAGCUCUGGAAGAGGGAACUCCAGCCCCACCUCAUUCUGAGACAAGAGAGGAAGAACAGGGUGCCAGCUCAUGCCUGCGGGUCUCACAGAAUUACAGCGCAUCUCCAGACUACGAGAUGAGUUCCCCUGGAGAAACUGGGUGCUUUGGAGGGCAGGCUUUAUGGCAUUGUACACUAACUGAGGUUCCUAUUCUUUCCAGGCUUCAUCUCCAAAUCUCCAGGAAUUUCUCAACCUGGAGCUGGCAACCCCACAUCCAGGGGAGACCUGGCAACCUUAGGACAACAGCUCCUGUGCACUUCAUAAGGGCCAAGAGCUGCCCCUUUGGGCUGUGGCCCGGGACUCCUCCACGGACUCUUUUUCUCCCCUCCUCCCUCCGCCUUGAUUUUGCGGAGGCAGACAGUUGCUUCUGGCUGAGCUCAACGACGCUUCGGCUGUUGGGGAUUGUUCGCAACGGCCGCCUCGCUCCGUCCUGCCGGCGAUUCAGGCUGGCCAUGGCCGAGUUCCUGCCGCCGCCCGAGUGCCCCGUUUUCGAGCCCAGCUGGGAGGAGUUCGCGGACCCCUUCGCCUUCAUCCACAAGAUCCGGCCCAUAGCCGAGCAGACGGGGAUCUGCAAGGUGCGGCCGCCGCCGGAUUGGCAGCCUCCAUUUGCAUGCGAUGUUGAUAAACUUCACUUUACUCCACGAAUCCAAAGACUGAAUGAAUUGGAGGCUCAGACCCGGGUAAAAUUGAAUUUUUUGGACCAGAUUGCAAAAUUCUGGGAACUUCAGGGAUGCUCACUGAAAAUCCCACAUGUGGAAAGAAAGAUAUUGGAUUUGUUCCAACUUAAUAGGCUGGUUGCAGAGGAAGGUGGAUUUGAUGUGGUUUGUAAAGACAGAAAAUGGACCAGAAUAGCUACCAAGAUGGGGUUUGCUCCUGGCAAAGCAGUAGGUUCGCACAUCCGUGUCCAUUAUGAGCGCAUUCUUUAUCCUUACAAUUUAUUCCAGUCUGGAGCUAGCCUAUUGGCACCUGACAUUUGUUCCAAACUGAUGUGUUUAGUGGAUGAUGCAGUUCUGGAAAAGUGUCUUCAGAAGCCAGAUCUUGCCAGUGAUACAAAGGACAAGGAAUACAAACCUCAUGAUAUUCCUCAAAGACAAUCUGUUCAGCCAUCUGAAAGUUGUCCACCUGCACGUCGAGCAAAACGAAUGAAAACUGAGACAACUAACAUUAAGAAUGAUUCAGAGGAAACUGCAGAAACCAAGACUCACAACUUGAGACGCAGAAUGGGAAGUACCCCCGCAAAGCCUGACAAUGAUAAAGAAUCUCAUAGCAUAGUGAAGCGGGAUGCUAUUGAGAAAAAACAGCCCAUUUGGGAAACUGAUAGAGAAAAACCAAAGGGACGUUCUAAGAAGAGCUUUAAUGCCGUGGAUUUGUAUGUGUGCCUCUUAUGUGGUAGUGGUAAUGAUGAGGACCGUCUGCUCCUAUGUGAUGGUUGUGAUGACAGUUACCAUACCUUUUGUUUAAUUCCACCCCUUCAUGAUGUUCCCAAAGGGGACUGGAGAUGUCCCCAGUGCCUCGCUCAGGAGUGUAGUAAACCACAAGAAGCAUUUGGUUUUGAACAGGCAGCACGAGACUAUACACUCCGCACAUUUGGAGAAAUGGCAGAUGCAUUCAAGUCAGAUUAUUUUAACAUGCCGGUGCACAUGGUGCCUACAGAACUGGUUGAGAAAGAGUUUUGGCGCCUUGUUAGCACAAUUGAAGAAGAUGUCACAGUGGAAUAUGGUGCCGAUAUUGCUUCAAAGGAGUUUGGCAGUGGGUUUCCUGUGAGAGGGGGAAAAAUAAAAUUGAGACCAGAAGAAGAGGAGUAUCUUGAUAGUGGCUGGAAUUUGAACAAUAUGCCUGUGAUGGAGCAGUCUGUCCUUGCUCACAUAACUGCUGAUAUAUGUGGAAUGAAGUUGCCCUGGCUAUAUGUAGGGAUGUGCUUUUCUUCAUUUUGCUGGCAUAUUGAGGAUCACUGGAGCUAUUCCAUUAACUAUCUGCAUUGGGGGGAGCCUAAAACAUGGUAUGGAGCCCCAGGAUAUGCAGCUGAGCAACUGGAAGAUGUGAUGAAGAAACUGGCUCCCGAGCUAUUUGAAUCUCAGCCAGAUCUUUUACAUCAACUGGUUACAAUUAUGAAUCCCAAUACAUUAAUGUCUCAUGGCGUGCCUAUUUACCGAACCAACCAAUGUGCUGGUGAAUUCGUUAUUACAUUUCCAAGAGCCUAUCACAGUGGUUUUAAUCAGGGUUUCAAUUUUGCUGAAGCUGUGAACUUCUGCACAGUUGACUGGUUGCCAUUGGGUCGCCAGUGUGUGGAACACUAUCGCUUGUUAAACCGCUAUUGUGUAUUUUCCCACGAUGAGAUGAUAUGUAGAAUGGCCGCCAAGGCAGAGACUCUUGACGUGGUGGUAGCUUCUACUGUUGAGAAAGACAUGGCUAUUAUGAUUGAAGAUGAAAAAGCUUUACGGGAGGCUGUGUGUAAGCUGGGAGUUACUGAUUUAGAGAAAAUGUAUCUGGAAGCAUUGCCAGAUGAUGAGCGACAGUGCAUAAAAUGUAAAACCACUUGCUACAUGUCUUCUGUCUCCUGUUCAUGUAACCCUGGCCAGUUGGUAUGCCUGUAUCAUGUGGAAGACCUCUGCACAUGUGCCCCAUAUAAGUAUAAACUGGGAUACCGGUAUACGGUAGAUGAACUUUAUCCAAUGAUGAAUGCACUUAAGCUGCGGGCAGAAUCUUACAAUGAAUGGUCUUCCAAUGUUAAUGAAGCUCUGGAGGCAAAAGUUAAUAACAAAAAAAGUCUCAUAAGUUUCAAGGCUUUAAUUGAAGAAUCUGAAAUAAGGAAGUUCCCAGACAAUGAUCUAUUACGACACCUCCGUUUAGUUACCCAGGAUGCAGAAAAAUGUGCCUCAGUUGCACAGCAGCUUCUUAAUGGCAAGAGACAAACUAGAUAUCGGUCUGGUGGCGGAAAAUCCCAAAAUCAGCUGACUGUGAAUGAACUGCGGCUGUUUGUUAGGCAACUCUAUGCUUUGCCGUGUGUCCUCAGCCAGACAGCACUGCUGAAGGAUCUUCUUAAUCGUGUGGAAGAAUUCCAGAAGUAUAGCCAAAAACUUCUGUCUGAAGAAAUUCCCAGUGCUUCAGAACUACAGGAACUCUUGGAUGUCAGCUUUGACUUUGAUGUUGAUCUUCCCCAGCUCAGUGACUUGCGAGUGCGCCUAGAACAAGCACGCUGGCUGGAAGAUGUACAGCAGAUUUUCUUGGACCAAAAUUCACUUACUCUGGAUGAUAUGAGAAGACUCAUAGACUCUGGUGUAGGACUUGCUCCUCAUCCUGCAGUUGAGAAGUCAAUGGCUAAGCUGCAAGAGCUCUUAACAGUAUCUGAACACUGGGAUGACAAGGCCCGAACCCUGAUAAAGUCAAGACCACGACAGUCAUUAAGCAGUCUUGAAGCGGCAGUGAAGGAGAUAGAGGAAAUUCCUGCUUAUCUUCCAAAUGGUGUAGCUCUGAAAGAGGCUGUAAAAAAGGCCAAAGACUGGCUGCAGGAAGUGGAGGGUCUGCAGGCUGGUGGGCGUGUGCCUGUGUUAGAUACUCUUGUGGAACUUGUGUCAAGAAGUCGCUCUAUUCCAGUACAUCUGGAAUAUCUGCCAAGGCUAGAGUCCUUAGUUGCUGAAGUUCAAGCUUGGAAAGAGUGUGCAGCCAAUACCUUUUUGACUGAUAACUCAUCUUACUCUCUUCUGGAGGUGCUGUGUCCCAGAUGUGACACUGGAACACUAGCAUUUAAAAGAAAACCGAAAAAGUUAAAAGAGCCUGUCCCAAAUGGAAAAAAGAAGAGCACAAAACUGGAAAGUUUAAAUGACUUAGAAAGAGCUUUAUCUGAGAGUAAGGAGACUGCUGCUGCGAUGGCCACUCUUGGUGAAGCUCGUUUAAAGGAGAUGGAAACACUGCACUCUUUGAGAGCAGCAAAUGAAGAAAAAAUAUUCUGUAAUGCUCAGGAUGUAGAGAUCAAAGUUUGCCUAUGCCAGAAAGAGCCAGCAGCACCUAUGAUACAGUGUGAACUUUGCAGAGGGAUCUUUCAUACCAGCUGUGUUUCAGUGCCCAGCACUUUGCAGGAAUCUCAGGUGUGGCUCUGUCCUCACUGCCACAGAUCAGAAAAACCUCCUUUAGAAAAGAUUCUGCCUUUGCUGGCCUCUUUGCAACGUAUUCGUGUGAGGCUGCCUGAGGGAGAUGCUUUACGCUAUAUGAUAGAGAGAACCGUGAACUGGCAACACAGAGCACAACAAAUGCUAUCCUCAGGGAAUAUAAAACUUACGCAAGACAAAGCAGGCUCAGGGAUAUUGUACAGCAGAUGGCAAACCAUGGCAGGCCAAUUACAAGAGACCAGCAAGGUAUCACAAACAAUUGGUGCCACAUCUUUUUCUUUGCCUCAUGACUGGAAUAACAGACCCAUGCAUUUACAUUCUCCUUUUUCUACAGGACUAAAUUGUAUCCCCCUUCAUGCUAUUACUGCAGAGCUCAAUGAAUUGAUGAUGGAGGCCCAGUUGCUACAGGUUUCACUACCUGAAAUACAAGAGCUCUAUGAGAUCUUAUUCACAAAACAGAACCCUGUUGCAAAGACUGAACAGAAGUCAUCAGUGGGACCAACAAGUGAAAAGUAUGAUUGUUGCCGAGGAAAGAGAGAUGUAAGUUGCUCUAUGGAAAGAAAACUGAAGAGGCGCUUUGAGAGAGGGGAUUUCUGCAGUGAGAUGAGAGCAAGAGUCAGAAAAAUAACUCCCAGCAAGAAAAAGAUGAAACUUGCCCAAUUGAGGGAGCUAAGCGCUGGCAAACUGGAAAGAGAGAGGCUGUUCGACAUUCAGCGCUCCAGUGAAAGCCAGUUGCUUCUCUCCGAUAUGUCCUUCUCUGAACAGGAAGAGUCUGAAGAUGAAGAUGCCAUUUGUCCAGCUGUCAAUUGCCUGCAGCCUGAAGGUGAUGAGGUGGAUUGGGUCCAGUGUGAUGGCUGUUGCAACCAGUGGUUCCAUCAGGUGUGUGUGGGUGUUUCUCCAGAGAUGGCAGAAAAAGAAGACUACAUUUGUGUGAGCUGUGCUGGAAAGAUCUCUCCAUAUCAAAAGUAAAAUGCCGGCUGAGCAUUCAAAACUCUACAAGAGAAGACUGAGAUUUUUCACCACCAAGCCACAGGGUUGGUUUCAGAGCCAAGUUGUAAUGGUGCUACUUCUAUCUUCAUGGGAUCAUUUUUCAGAACUUAAAAACAGUUUGACACUUUUGUAUUUUUAUCCUUUAAGUUGUUUGUGAUUAUUAAGGUUUGAAAUGCUGACUUGUUUAGCCAGAGGUUUCACCAGUUUGGAAGCAUCACACAACAUGCACCUUUUCAUGUACAGCAUUAAAUUACCUCUUUGGAAUUUACCAGCACACUUAAUCAAUUUUGUUUAGGUGCAAAGCAUUGCACUAAGGAUUCCCAUAAACCCUCUUUUGAAGAAAUCCCUAUUUACUCUUGACAUUUUUGAAAACUUUAGAUUUUUUCCCCUCACUUUGAUUUUGUAGACUAGAUUUAUUUAUCUGAGCAAUAACUUCUGUGUCUGGUUUCAGUGACUGGAAUUAUAAUUCUGAACAGCGUGUUGGUGCUCUUAGCAUUGGUUGAUGUACAGGAAACAAAUGUUUAGGUUCUAGUGUCACUGAUGAAUUAGUGAUGUAGGAGACAAAAAAAGCUCUGUAAAGUAAUGGCCACAGCUGUAUUUUGGCUUUUCCUUCUUUUUGGUAGCUUGUAUCAAAUGUUGCAGUUUAUAUUGUGGAAUAAACCCUUGGUUAUGUUAUAAAAUUAAA